UCGAUGGGCCACUACACAAAGCCAGAGCUGAGCUAGAAGAGCUGGGAUGAGCGCACUGGUCCUUCUUUUUCUAGUUAACCGCUUUUUGUAAACCGGCAUAAUUUUUUUAUACACUAUGUCAUUCUUUGACUUGAAAUAACCGAACCAUGUAAUUCGGGGAGUCUCCGGUUUGCGUAGCAUGUUUUGAGCGUUCUUUACAUUACAGCCAGACUCAUGAGCGGUGUUUGCGGUGCUGAAAGCUCCAAAAGCCGCGAGGAGGCAGGACGGGUCCGUCCGAACGUCGCCGGAGCGAUGAAGAGCAAGAACUACUCUGCUGGAGUUUUCUUACUCGUCUGGAGACUGUCGCUGUUUCUCAGUGUCAGCCAGUGUAAGGAGGUUGACCAUGCUGCAAGAACUCGACAGGUCCCAAUGUCUCCCUCCGACUUUCUGGACAAACUGAUGGGGAGGACAUCUGGAUAUGAUGCCAGAAUCAGACCAAACUUCAAAGGUCCUCCAGUCAAUGUCUCCUGUAACAUUUUCAUCAACAGCUUUGGUUCCAUUGCUGAAACCACCAUGGACUAUCGCGUGAACAUCUUCCUUCGUCAACAGUGGAAUGACCCAAGGCUCGCCUAUGCAGAAUAUCCAGAUGACUCUUUGGACUUGGACCCCUCUAUGUUAGACUCCAUUUGGAAGCCAGAUCUGUUCUUCGCCAACGAAAAGGGUGCACACUUCCAUGAGGUCACAACAGACAACAAGCUGCUGCGGAUUUUUAAGAAUGGAAAUGUUUUAUACUCUAUAAGAUUAACGUUAACGCUGUCAUGUCCCAUGGAUCUAAAAAACUUCCCCAUGGAUGUUCAGACGUGCAUUAUGCAGUUAGAAAGCUUUGGUUACACCAUGAAUGACCUGAUCUUUGAGUGGCAAGAGAAUGGACCGGUCCAAGUGGCCGAAGGACUGACGCUCCCACAAUUCAUCCUUAAAGAUGAAUCCGACCUCAGAUACUGCACCAAGCACUACAACACAGGUAAAUUUACUUGUAUUGAAGUGCGGUUCCACUUGGAGCGUCAGAUGGGCUACUACCUGAUCCAGAUGUACAUCCCGUCUCUGCUGAUUGUUAUUCUGUCCUGGGUCUCCUUUUGGAUUAACAUGGAUGCGGCCCCAGCCAGAGUGGCGCUUGGCAUCACUACUGUCCUGACAAUGACAACACAGAGCUCAGGCUCAAGGACUUCACUGCCAAAGGUCUCGUAUGUCAAGGCCAUAGACAUCUGGAUGGCGGUGUGUCUUCUCUUUGUCUUCUCUGCACUCUUGGAGUACGCUGCAGUCAAUUUUGUUUCAAGGCAACAUAAAGAGCUGCUCCGAUUCAGGCGACAUCCCAAGAAGAGCAAGAACAGUGGAGGUGCAGUUGAUGCAGAUGAGCUAGCUGAAUCCCUCCAUCGUGUUAACAUUGACAACGGCCUCAAGGCGUCAGACCCGCUCUAUGGAUCUAUGACCAACAUCUACAACAGCAGCUACAGGGAAGGGGAAGUACAUGAGACCAGACUGACCUCUGCAGCUGCUGUAACUUCCACUCCCAGCAACAGCAAGGACUCCAAGGCCACCACAAACAAUACCGUCGCUGCACUAAACACUCAAGGAGCCCCGGCACCCGCUGCCCCGAAUCCCUCGGGCGUCGCUCCAGGAGGAGGGAAAAGCACAGAGGAGAUGAGAAAGUUAUUUAUCGACCGAGCCAAAAAGAUUGACACGGUGUCGAGGGCCGGUUUCCCCCUGGCCUUCCUGUUUUUCAAUAUAUUCUACUGGGUUCUUUAUAAAAUACUUCGCCAUGAAGAUUUCCAUUAGCCACAGAGAAAGACAGAGAUGGUGCGGUGCGUACGUACCAUCAAUCCAAUAUGCACACAUAAAAAAAAUGCAAACACACUUGUACUGUAGCUCAUGUGAGGACAUGCUUUCUUUCUUUACCUCCCAGGCACAUUACUCUCAUUUCUUAUGACCUGCCACUUGUGACCUCACAUUGCCCCAAAGUUGCCAAAAACAUCGAUGUACAGGGAGAAACAAGCAUACUACACAGAUGAAGAACAAUCAUGACGUGGUAGUCUUCAAGACAACAGUUUUAGCAUGAUUUUGACAACACAGUGUUUGUAUGUAGAAACUCUUUUGGUACAGUAUACUCACUGGUGAUGGGGUUUGAAAUCAGUGGUUCAAUUUCCACUGCCGCUUCUUAUGCCCAAUUCCAAUUGAGUGCCUGUCUCAUUUUUGGGGUCUGUAUCAUUACAUCUCCAGUACCGUAUUUUCCGAAAUAUAAAUCACAGUGUUUUUCAUAGUUUGACCAGGGGUAUCACGAACAUUCUGGAAUGAUUUACGUGUGAAAUUAUUAACACAUUAUUACAGAUCAUUUCACGUUAUUUUCCCAUUAAACCACAAGAGGGUGCUCUAGGCCUGUAUUGAUAAGCAGACGAUGAGUCUGAUGUAAGCAAUGUGGAAGAGGAAGUGGACAAUUGGAGUGACAUUGAUGGUUUGGUAAACUUGUUAGCAUGUUCUUUAUGCUAUAGUUAUCUGAAUAACUCUUAAUACAAGGGUGUCAAACAUACGGCCCGGGGGCGGAACCCGCCCCCGGGAGGUUCAAUCAGGCCCGCAGGAUAAUUCAAAAGUGAAAAAA